AAUGGUAUCUCACUGGCUUUUGUUUCAGCCCAAAUCACUAAAGUUUGGUACAGCAAGGCAGAACUUUCUGAAAACCAGUGGUUCCAAAUAGACCAGAAGGUUGUGGAUUUAAAAGUUUACAGUAAACUUGGUCAACAGGGUAGUAACAGUUGCUCAAAAGACAAUGGAGGGUGCAGCCAUAUAUGUUUGCCAAAUCCUGAAGGACGGACUUGUAAAUGUCCCAGUGGGUACUACUUGGCUAACAUAAGCAGAUGUAUUGAAGCUGUCCUGUGCUCUGGGCCAUCACGAUCCUGUAAGGAUGGUCAGAAGUGCAUUUCCAUGGAGCAAGUUUGUGAUGGCCAUGCCGACUGUCUGGAUGGAUCUGAUGAAAUGGGCUGUACCUAUCCAGAUAAAACCCAUUCAACACCAACGUCAAAAAAUGUGAAGGCUGGAAAACGGUGGACUCCAAAGGCUGCCCUACCUCUCCAAGCUACUGAGUCUACCAGGGCUAGAUCUCCGGGGCCAGAAGGGAUGAACUACCCUCUCAGAAAAACACUGCUCCCUCCAACUGCUGUUAGUGAAAGCAAGACCUCGAAUACCAAAGGAAAAGGCGAGCCUGUUCAGCCCAAGGACUUACAGAGGGCAAAACAUCUGCCCUGUGGCACCGACUUCUGUAAUGGGCAGGGAGUCUGCACGGUGGUAGGAGAACUGAGAAAGUGCAGCUGUCUGAUGGAAUAUGGUAGAGAGUUCUGUGAAGAGCCAGCACGUGGAUCUGCCCCUGGCCACAUGGCCCUCAGCGUGCCCAUUGCCUUAUCAGUUGUCCUGGUAGCUCUGGGAGCAUUUGUCUAUUUCAGAAAACAACACAAAUUAAAAAGAAAUAAUGCAGCAGCAGCAAGAAAUUUGAGCUGCCAUAAAGAAAAUGGCCAAGAAGAGGAGAAUCUAAUGAAUAGUGAGACUUUUGUCAAUGGAGCCUACGAUGAGCAGGAACUGUUAACUUUACAAACUGACUAACCUGAUUAAAAAAAAGGAGCUGGAACAUCUCAAUAAAAAUGGUUUAUACAUCGUAUUGUGUGUCUGACUUCGGCUCAAGUCAUGAUCUCACAGUUCAUGCGUUCGAGCCCCAUGUCAGGCUGUGUGCUGACAGC